CAUACUUUGGUUUGUAUUUCAGUGUGAAAUCUCCCUUUUUGGAAAUGCUGGGCAAGCUCGGUGCACAGAAGGUUGAGGAAAGGCUACUCAAUGCCAGCCGCAACUUGUACGACUGUGUCUACAUGUUUGUUUCUUCCACCAACAUCGCCUUCCGGAUGCUCAACCAGUUUCUGGGAACUGACCUAGCCAUCAUUACAGUAAGGGAAAACUUGAGCAUCAAAGAAAACCUUCAGCUUCUGAUGAGUGCUCUGAAAGAGAUGCAGGAAAAAGUGGAGGCAAAAGAUCAGGAUAUCAAGCAGAAAGUCGGCCUUCCAAUGUAUUCCAGUAUUGUGUUGCCUUCCACCUCCACGAAUGAAAAAAUCAAGCUGAUAAAGGACCUUUAUGGGCAAUAUAAGGGAGUUAUUGAAAAUAUCAGCGGUCCCGUUUCAGCAGUGCUCCUGAAAAAUGGCAAUCUCCCCGAGAUACUAGACGCCGCCAUUCGGGAUUUAUCAAGCAGUCCUGCUGUCUCUCUUCGAGUGGGUGACCUUCUCAUGACUAACGAAGAAAUUGCCAAAGUGCUUGCAGAUUCCUGUCCUACCUCAUCCCAUGCAGUAACAGCAACAACAACAGCAACACCAACAGCAACACCAACAGCCGCUCGAACAAGGAAUCCGAGCCAGCCAAUCAUUAACACAGCUUACUCACUUACUAACUUCAUGAGGGUAGCUUUUAAAGGACAGCCACCUAGUAAAACGGUCGAAUUAGCAGCAAGCACCCUCGAAGACGCUGUGAAGAUCUUGAAGCCAGCUUGCGAAAAAUUCCAAAGGACUGUGAAGACAGCUGAAGAGUAUAUCACAUUGAUAGUUGAUAAGUUGCAGUGAACCAGAAGCUGAUUGCCCAGCUGGUAGAAAACAGCUUCUGUUUACAUGGCAGGGAAGUUGCGCAUAUAAUAAAGAGACAGUUUCUGAUUACGGCA